UUUCGGAUGAUCAGUCUAUUUGAUGAAGGAAAUGAUAUGUCGAUCACUCAUUUAAUAUAUUUUUUCUCCGUCGUUAUAAAUUUAUUUGCACACAUGUGCCUAUAUUGCGCUCUUGGUGAGAUUUUAAUUGCUCAGUGCAAUAAAAUAUAUUAUGCAGCAUAUAACAACAAAUGGUACACUCUAAAUUCAGAAACUAUAGAAGAUUUGUUGCUCUUAAUGACAAGAGGUUCUAAAUCGGUCUAUCUGACCGCUGGAAAAGUGUCUCCUGUUACAAUGACUACAUUUUGCAGUUUUGUGAAAACAUCCGUUGGUUAUAUAUCCGUCUUGCACACAAUAAAAAGUUGAAAAAAAAAAUAAGAAGAAUGUAAAAUUUUUUC